AUGCUGCUGGUGGAAGUACAGGUCAGAACAACCAGUUUGGAAAACUGUGUAGCAGUAUCUGUGACCAGUGAUCCCCUCCUGGGUUAUAUGUCAACAGAAAUGCAUGUUUGUGUUCUCCAAAAGACAGGUACCCGAAUAUACUGUGGCACUAGGUAUACUAACCAAAAAGUGAAAACUACCCAAAUAGCACCAACAGUCGACGGGAUAAAUAAAUUAUGGCCUUGUAUGCAGUUUCAUAGUCUACACCAAUGAGAAUAGUCUGUGACAGAUGAAUCUCGCCAACAUAAGGUGGGAGAAGAUGGCAAACAAGAAAGUCUCCACGGUGAAUGAUGCAUUUCUCUGAAGCUCAAAGACGGGAAAAACGAGUCUGUGGUGUUCUGAAGUUAGGAUAGUGAUUACCUGGGGAGUCAUGGUUGGAAAAGGGCCAGAAGGGGCUCUCGGAGUGCUGUGAAGGUUCUGUGCCCCUCCUGCGUGCUGGUUACAUGGGCAUGUUCACGUUGCAAAUGUAACUGAGCUGUACGCGUCCCCGAGCUUUCUGAGCUUUCUGAUUGUAAGUUCUGCUUCAAUGGAAAGUUUAAAAAGCCUCUAAUGUGCAGCCAAGAUUGAGAACCGCUGGUCUAGACUGUAGGUGGCUUGUGAGCCUUAAUUUGGGAAGUUUAAAAUUAUUUGAUGACUUCUGAAACAGGUGGGAGAAGGGCAGGCCUUGUGUAGAUAGAGGUCUGUGUGUUUCACCUUCAACAUUUCUCUCCACAUCACUAGAGCCUCCAUUACUGAAGCGCUUCGCUGGCCAGAAACUGGGUCCAGUGACUUGUAUAUGUUGUCUCAUCUGAACCUCUAAGCAACCCUCUGGGAUGUCAGUGUUGUCCCCAUAUUAGAGGAGUGGAAACUAUGCCUGGAGGCAAGGGGGGGUGAAGGAACACGCCAAGUCCAAAGCUUCACAUUGGACUUGAGAUUGAAGAGCUCUCCAACUUCCAGAGGAUGCUCUGACCUCCGCCCCACAUGAUGCCUUUCUGUGUUGUGGGUUAGCAGCUCCAGGAGCAACAUGUUGCCGGCUCAGGCCCUGAUCGGGAGGCUCGGCAGAGAACACGGGACUCAGAAGCCUUGCAGUGACUUUCUGAUUCUCAGAAACAUCUGGCAGAAGCCCAGUCAUUACAGCUGCUCUGUGGCAUUUUUCCUUUUCUAAGGCUUAGCUUAAACCUUGGGAUGAUGGGAAAGUCCAAAUGAUUACUUAUUUAAAGUUCUGUUUAUUGAAGCAAGAGAGAAAUCUUUCGUGGAGAAAAAGGUGGCAGCAUAGUAGAGGCAGUUAUCUGUAGAACAGUUUCAGAAACACAGCAUGUUCCAAAAAUAAAGCACACUGAAACAAGCCUUCACCAAAAGGACUCGUCAGAUGUCAGCUGGAGGCUCAGAAGAAUCGGUUUUAUGAUGAAAUGCAGCUGAAACAAUGUGGAUUCCUCUGAGUUUCUUUUCCUGGCACUUACCGGGACUUCCUUUAACACCAAAAGGUCCGAUUUGUCUUCUGUUUUUCAGUAGAGACUUAUUUACUGAAGAAAACAUCAACACUUCUCUUGCACUUCAGGCUCCUAUGUUGCCCACAUAAUGAUGACUUCUUUUUCUCGGAGCUCCCGCUGGGCACGGAGAUGGCUGCUCCUCAGAAUGAAUCUCAUGGCUCUCUCUCACUCUGAGAAGCAUUGACGUUCUCCUCAGUCUUAGCUGGCUCUGGGCCAAUUUUCCAAGACGGGCGAAUUCUUCCUGCCCCCUUAGAAUUUCAGAGAUUGUGUAACUCUCCAUAAUUGUAAACUUCCUUUUACCAUCCCGGAGCUGGUCCAGGCAUCGCCAUGCCGAAGUUCAGAUGGGAUUCUCUACAUGGGUAAAAAGCAGGACAUUUGGUAUGUCAUUGACCUUCUGACCGGGGAGAAACAGCAGACUUUGUCAUCGGCCUUUGCAGAUAGCCUCUGCCCUUCGACCUCUCUUCUGUACCUUGGGCGCACAGAAUACACCAUCACCAUGUACGACACCAAAACCCGAGAGCUCCGGUGGAACGCCACCUACUUCGACUACGCAGCCUCGCUGCCCGAGGACGACGUGGACUACAAGAUGUCCCAUUUUGUGUCCAAUGGCGAUGGGCUGGUGGUGACUGUGGACAGUGAGUCUGGCGACGUCCUGUGGAUCCAGAACUAUGCCUCCCCUGUGGUGGCCUUUUACGUCUGGCAGCGGGAGGGGCUGCGGAAGGUGAUGCACAUCAACGUCGCUGUGGAGACCCUGCGCUACCUGACCUUCAUGUCCGGGGAGGUGGGGCGCAUCACCAAGUGGAAGUACCCCUUCCCCAAGGAGACGGAGGCCAAGAGCAAGCUGACGCCCACCCUGUACGUUGGGAAAUACUCUACUAGCCUCUACGCCUCCCCCUCAAUGGUCCACGAGGGGGUUGCUGUUGUGCCCCGAGGCAGCACCCUUCCUUUGCUGGAAGGCCCCCAGACUGACGGUGUCACCAUUGGGGACAAAGGGGAGUGUGUGAUCACACCCAGCACGGACCUGAAGCUUAACCCUGGGCUCAAAGGGAAGAACAAGCUCAACUACUUGAGGAACUACUGGCUUCUGAUCGGACACCAUGAAACGCCGCUGUCUGCGUCUACCAAGAUGCUGGAGAGAUUCCCCAACAAUCUGCCCAAACACCGGGAAAAUGUGAUUCCUGCCGACUCUGAGAAAAAGAGCUUUGAGGACGUUAUCCACCUGGUUGACCAGACUUCAGGGAAUGCGCCCAGCACCGUUUCUCAGGGUGUGGAGGAGAAGUUCGCUCACGCCCCCGCCAAGCCCGAGGCCCCCGUGGACUCCGUGCUCAAGGACAUCGCCACCAUUGUCCUGAGCACCUUCCUGCUCAUCGGCUGGGUGGCCUUCAUCAUCACCUACCCCCUGAGCAUGCAUCAGCAGCAGCAGCUCCAGCACCGGCAGUUCCAGAAGGAACUGGAGAAAAUCCAGCUCCUGCAACAGCAGCAGCUGCCCUUCCACGCACCCAGGGACAUGGCUCAGGACGCCGAGCUCCUGGACUCGUCCGGCCUGUACUCGGAGAGCUCGGGCACCAGCAGCCCCAGCACGUCCCCCCGAGCCUCCAACCACUCGCUGCACUCCAGCAGCUCUGCCUCCAGGGCCGGCACCAGCCCCUGCCUGGAGCAGGACGACGAGGAUGAGGAAACCAGCAUGGUGAUGGUUGGGAAAAUUUCCUUCUGUCCCAAGGACGUCCUGGGCCACGGAGCGGAGGGCACAAUUGUGUACCGGGGCAUGUUCGACAGCCGCGACGUGGCGGUCAAGAGGAUCCUCCCCGAGUGCUUCAGUUUCGCCGACCGCGAGGUCCAGCUGCUGCGAGAGUCCGACGAGCACCCGAACGUGAUCCGUUACUUCUGCACAGAGAAGGACCGGCAGUUCCAGUACAUCGCCAUCGAGCUGUGCGCGGCCACGCUGCAGGAGUACGUGGAGCAGAAGGACUUUGCCCACCUCGGCCUGGAGCCCAUCACCUUGCUGCAGCAGACCACCUCCGGCCUGGCCCACCUGCACUCCCUCAACAUCGUUCACAGAGACCUGAAGCCCCACAACAUCCUCCUCUCCAUGCCCAAUGCGCAUGGCAGGAUCAAGGCCAUGAUCUCCGACUUCGGCCUCUGCAAGAAGCUGGCAGUGGGCAGGCACAGCUUCAGCCGCUGCUCGGGGGUGCCCGGCACCGAAGGCUGGAUCGCCCCGGAGAUGCUGAGUGAGGACUGCAAGGAGAACCCCACCUACACGGUGGACAUCUUCUCUGCGGGCUGCGUGUUCUACUACGUGGUUUCUGAGGGCAGCCACCCUUUCGGCAAGUCCCUGCAGCGACAGGCCAACAUCCUCCUGGGCGCCUACAGCCUCGACUGCUUACAGCCCGAGAAGCACGAAGACGUCAUCGCCCGGGAGCUGAUAGAGAAGAUGAUCUCCAUGGACCCUCAGAAGCGCCCGUCAGCGAAGCACGUGCUGAAGCACCCGUUCUUCUGGAGCCUCGAGAAGCAGCUCCAGUUCUUCCAGGACGUGAGUGACCGGAUAGAAAAGGAGUCCCUGGACGGCCCGAUUGUGAAGCAGCUGGAGAGAGGCGGGCGAGCCGUGGUGAAGAUGGACUGGAGGGAGAACAUCACCGUCCCCCUCCAGACAGAUCUGCGUAAAUUCAGAACCUACAAGGGUGGCUCCGUCAGAGACCUCCUCCGAGCCAUGAGAAAUAAGAAGCACCACUACCGGGAGCUGCCCGUGGAGGUGCGGGAGACCCUGGGCUCCCUCCCCGACGACUUCGUGCGCUACUUCACGUCCCGCUUCCCCCACCUCCUCUCGCACACCUACCGGGCCAUGGAGCUGUGCAGCCACGAGCGGCUCUUCCAGCCCUACUACUUCCACCCGCCCCCCGAGCCGCAGGCCCCCGAGACUGCAGACGCCCCUGAGCCAGGCCGGACUCCGUCUUGUGGCCCCAGCUGUGACUGAGCGCCCCCUGUCUGCAAUCCAGGGCCAGAGGCCACACUUAGCAAGAAGACCAGGCUCCCAACCCAGUGCCUUGAGCUGCCUGCUCUGCAGCUGGCAGAGGAGGGUCUGACCCCUAGAUGGGGAGAGGUGACCCCUCCUGACCUGCAGGAAGCUGGGAAGACAGGGGUGAAAGCUUCACCACCAGGGAACAGCUGCGGGAAGGGCCGUCCCCAGGCAGCAGCAGGGCACCUCCACCUCCUCCUGGAUAGACUGGCUUCAGACAUGUUUCUUUUUAAACUUCCUGUUCGAUGUCAGCCUGCAGGCCUUGAAGGAAGCGGGAGGAAGAAAUCCUAAGCCCUGCCGUGUGCGGGGCCCGGAGCAGCUCUCCCCGACCAGCAGGCUGAGGGGCACCGACGGAGGGACGGCGGUCACUGGUCACCGAGCACAGUGCGCCCAAGUGUCCCAGGUCACUGGACCCAGUGCUUCCUCGGGGCAGUGGGGUGUGGUGUUGGGACAGGUCAGCGCACACCGGAAGGGAGUCCACGGCCGCAGGUGUGGGAAACGGAGAAGACGCUCGGUUCCAAGGCAGCUGCGGCCCCAUGUGCUGGUGGCCUCCAUGGUGGCUUUUGGUGGCUUUGUGGCCUGGACCAUUUAGGGAUGCUUAGGAGCAUUUGGGGGCAAGAAGUGAUACUUCCCUGGCCAUCAAGGACCCAGGCAGGGACAGGCCUUCGGUACCGGAGGGUCAAGGGCCUACCUGGCCACUGUGGCCAUCCCGGGAGAGCCCUGGGCCAGAGGGCAGGCGAUGAGGCCUCUGUCCCUGCAGCCAGCAGGAUGGCCAGGGGCUUGGUGGCCAAGGCCAGGCUCCCCACGUGCCUCGUGGGCAGGAUUUUUUGUUUCUCUUGGCAGAUUUUAAUAACUUCAUAGUUUGAUCACACUGUAGAAUGCUACCUUAGCACAAGUGAGCGAAGCGUCACGUGAAGCUUGCUCAUGAAGAAGAAAUGCAAUACAUCUAUUCUGUGUGGUACCCCUCUCCCCCCUCCCCCCGCCGGAAGAGUGUUCGUAUUCAGAACAUUCUCCAGCGCCGGUGAAGAGCAAGCAUUACAGUGUCACUAUACACGUCAUCCUCAAAGUAAUAUUCCCUAAAUCGCCGUGUCCUUUCUCCCCCCAAAUUUAAUGUAAUUUUUAAUUUUCGUUUUAAUCAAUUCCUGUCUUUUCUCUACCGAGAGCCUUAGUGGUUACAUGCAGUGAGGGUACCACGUGAGGAAGCGUUUCCUGUACGUUCUCCAGCCGGGGGAGCGGCUCAUGCGGGUCCGCCCUGCACCCCGGUGAACUCGGAGACUCCGCUGGGAGUGCGAGUGUCACCGUGGAGUUCACUGCCUGACGGGAAAUCACUGUGUCUUACUGUGCGAUGUCUUCGUGGUGUUCGUGUGUGAAGGCCACGCAGCAGAGGCUCUGGUUCUGCCUUUGUAGACGUCCGUUCCCUUCCAUGAUGCCUGAGGUCACUCGUUCUCUUAAACAGGACCCACCUCUGUGAAGCUCACCAGUUACCUCAUUCAGACCUGCACAGCCAGACGGGUUCUUCUCCCCGCUCUCAUUGGCCUGUGCCAGCUCCGUUCCGCGGGUCGCUGUGCCACCAGCCCGAGGGACAGGCGGAGAAGGUGCCACGGGUGACGUCCCGGGCUGCCGGCUCUCUGCUGCCGGGUGCGGCUGUACCGCACUGCUGAGCGUUCUCUUUGCGGAGUAGCCAGGUCGUUUCUAGCCGCCCGAUACUUGUCAUCUCUCUGUUUUGGCUCACCUUGCCUGCAGGACAACUUCUUUUUAAAAUGCCUUUUCUGCUGAUCAUAUUUCUAACCACCCAACUGAGACUCAUUGAUUCACCGCAUGCUGGGACACUGGCGCUGGGGACAGAGAGAGGGACAAGAUAGAACCUGUGCUCUCAUAGGAGCCUGUGGUGAGAGACAACAAGGUAACAUCAGUGCAUGAAGGAGCCCAGGGGUGGGGAAGGGCAUGAUUUGGGGUUUGCACCUUUUCAGUCUUAAAGCGCCCGUGUCCUGGGACCCCUUGGAACUGGUCACAUUGCUCUCUGUCCAUCUUAUCCUCAUCGCCUUCGGGAUCCAGGCCUUCAGGGGCUUGCAGAGGUCUUGCGUGGACACUUGCCACGGAAACACCCUGUGGUAGAUCCCGCCUCAGCCUCUAGCAUUCAGGUUUCCUGCUGAGCUCUGGCACGUGGAGUACGAGUCCUAGAAGGCUGUUGGACUUUUAGAAGUAUUCGGUUUUAUUUUUACGACACUGUUCUCUGAUGGCUUCUCGAGCUUUCUAACUCAUUUUAUAAAAGACUCCACGUGUCACUAGGCAUCUGAGCAUUUGCACUUUCGGGACUCACUGGUGUUACCUGGUAAGUCACUGAGCCAUCUGGGCGCCGAAGUACAAAAUCCUGUCUCAGUGCGAUAGUCACCGCAGGCUCUGCGGCGAGACGUCACUCCGGCCCGCUGCAUGUGUUGUACUGGAAGAGCUCCAGGCCAGUGGGCCCAGCAAAGUAUUUUCUUCCCCUCAAAAACGGUCCUUAUCAGCAUUACCCUGGUCCUCCCACCAAGGCUUUGUGUGGACGUGAUUUGCGUAUCUGUGUGAUUCCCUCUCAUUGCUGCUCUGACCUCUCGCUGACGUGGGGGCCUUUGGACAGCAGUGCUUUCUCUUGGCCGCUCUCGUUUCAGAAGUUGGACUCUGGCCAGCUUCCCGACACUUUGGGUUUCCCAAGACUGUUCCCCUUUUCCAUGUGCUCAUUGGCUGGUUCCUGCGGAAGAUGGGCUGGCUCCACGUCCACAGCCCUCUCUGCAGGAAGAGCGAGCCCAGCACCCCGUAGAGCCCCCUUACAUUCUCGUUAGCUUUCCUUCGGUUUCUGGAAUCCCUUUCCUUCAUGCCUCCGUUCUGCGCCGUCCUGGAGUUGUUCAGAUGUGCCUGGCCUGGCAGCAGCCUUUCCAAGGAAGUCACUGCGUGUCCCAUCCAGAUAAGCCAGAUUUCCUCCUUCCAGGGUUGGACCGUUACCUUUCAAACCAAAGCGUCUGUCCUCUUCUGUACUUCCUUUUGAAACGGUGAUUUCCCAUGCGUGACUCCGGUUCUGACUGUAGCAGCACUUAAAUCUCUCCUGUGCUCAUUGGAGAACCACAGAACCAUCCGCAGUGAGCUCCCACCGGGGCAGCCUUAACCCACAACCGCGGCCAAGGUCCCACACCCGCCUCCCGAGCUCUGCGCUGGGUGGGUGCAGUAUUCCUUUUCAGUAUCCCAGAAGCUGUGACGGGGGUGUCCCCAUUGCCCGGAAAGCAUUACCAGUCAACUCUGCCACGUUCUCAGAUGCAAACCUUACGUAGUGUUCUUUUUGCAAUGACCUAUUUAUUUAACCUAUUUAUAUUUAUUUAAUUUUUACUCUGAAGUAUACCCCAGCUACAAUUGCACUUGCUUAAAGCAUAGACGAUUUGUUUUGGACAACACCCCUGACCAUGUUAAAACUGGAAAAGGAAAAGUUAUACUGUAUCCUUCCACGGGAUGGAUGCCUUACAGUAGCUUUGUUAGUAAAGGGUGAAUAAUUUGGUCGUGGUAAAAAUGUUAAUUUUUAAGUGAUUUAAAAAUAAUUCUGUGCCAUCGUGUCUUCUCUGUGGAUGGUUAGUUGUUAAAUGUGUGUUAAUUAUGUGAAACAAUCCUCUUUGUGGAGCCUAAAAUCCUCCUUUUUAGCUUUAUAUUUUAUAAACUGCCAGAUUGUACAAUUUUUAUGUGUAUUUUUAAAGCUUGACAAUGUGAGGGUAAUUAUAUAAGUUAAAUGGCCUAUUUUUGUACCUCCUGUACAGUUUUAUAAUUCUGCUGAUUGAUGAUGGCGUCUUAUGUUGAGCCAACCACAAAUAAAGGUAGUUUUAGAUUUGGAA